AUGGCAAAGUUAUCGAAGGCACAAAAGAAACAAAUUUAUAUGGACAAAUUGAGUUCCUUGAUCCAACAAUAUAAUAAAAUAUUAAUUGUUCAUGUAGACAAUGUCGGAUCAGAUCAGAUGGCUAGUGUUCGCCAAAGUUUGAGAGGAAAGGCAACAAUUUUAAUGGGAAAAAAUACAAGAAUAAGAACAGCACUCAAAAAAAACUUACAAGCAGUACCACAAAUAGAAAAAUUAUUACCAUUAGUAAAAUUAAAUAUGGGUUUUGUUUUUUGUAAAGAUGAUUUAUCUGAAGUUAGAAGUAUAAUUCUUCAAAACAAAUCACCUGCCCCAGCUAGAUUAGGUGUUAUAGCCCCAAUUGAUGUUUUUAUUCCCCCUGGACCAACAGGUAUGGAUCCAUCACAUACCUCCUUUUUUCAGUCUCUUGGUAUAUCAACAAAAAUUGUUAAAGGUCAAAUUGAAAUACAAGAAAAUGUACAUUUGAUUAAACAAGGGGAAAAAGUAACAGCAUCUUCCGCUACACUUUUACAAAAAUUUAAUAUGAAACCAUUUUCAUAUGGUGUUGAUGUUAGAACAGUAUAUGAUGAUGGUGUCAUUUAUGAUGCAAAAGUUUUAGAUAUAACCGACGAAGAUAUUUUAGCAAAAUUUUCAAAAGGUGUAGCUAAUGUAGCUGCAUUAUCUAGAUCUGUUGGUAUAAUCACUGAAGCUUCCUAUCCUCAUGUAUUUGUUGAAGCCUUUAAGAAUAUCGUAUCGUUGGUUAUCGAUACAGAUUACACAUUCCCAUUGAUGAAAAAAAUAAAAGAUAUGGUUGAAAACCCACAAGCUUAUGCUGCUGCACCAGCUGCCGCUUCAAGUGCUCAAAAAGAUGAACCCAAAAAAGAAGCAGCUAAAAAAGAAGAAGAGGAAGAAGAAGAGGAAGAUGGCUUCAUGGGAUUUGGAAUGUUUGAUUAA